CUCAUGGCUUUAAUAUCGCAAUUCGGCCCUUUGUGGCUGAAUGCUCUUUCCUUAGAAUAUUGCUUGGUUUUGACAGUGUUAGAGCCCGCAUCCUAGAAUUAACAAGCAUUAUUACCCAUCCAGCAUCAUUGGAUAUUACUCAUCGCAUACACAGCAAGCAUACAAUACGAAGUAUAACGCACAACGAAACGUGAUGCAAUUCAAAACCCUCCCAACCGAACUCCUCAUUCACAUCUUCCUCUCAUCCUCCUCAAUAACCGACGUCCUGUCUCUCGCCUCCACCUGCCGCCGCUUCCACCGCAUUCUCAACGCAAAUACCUCCAACAAACUCCAAAUCCUCUACACUGUUGCCUCUUAUGAAUUCUCUCCGAUUGACGAUAUAAUCCAACUGGUCACGCAGAACGAGUCCCAGUCGGUGCAUAUUCGGCGCGAAGCACCCCUUUCGUUCCCGCUGCUCAAGCAGAUCACGGAGGUCGGGCAGGUGGCAAGGAAGUGGGAGGUUAUCUACCCGUUCAAGAAAUGGAAGCUUGAUUAUGAAAAUCGGCGGUUGUUGAGCUAUGAUGAGAAGUGGAGGGUGCGGAGGGCCGUGUAUCGGUUGUGGUUGUAUAGCCGUGCGUUCCACACGAGGACGUUCGACAGGUAUACGCGGAAUCUAUGGCCGGUAGUCCUAGAAAGGGCGCAGCUACUGCAUAACUGGUCGAAUGAAGAGCUGGUGGAGAUUGAAGAUUUGCGGGGUGUUAUGCACGAUGUUGUACGGAAUCAUAUCUGUCCUAGUAAUGGGACGAUUGAGAGGAAGUUCCGGAAGAGGAAUUCUGCUGGUAAUGGGCAGUUGACGUUUAACUUUCUGCCGAUGUCGGGGGAGGUCAAGUCCCCGGGUUAUUAUUUCACAGAUCAGUACUUCUAUACACAUUCCACGGACCCCGUGAAAUACCGCUCUCGCUUCCGGAACGACAUCUUCCAUGAUCCCGGGUAUGAAGGCUGGGGCGAUGAGAUACCGCAUUACUACGUGGUCGAGGACAUGAUGAAACUUGAUCCCGGACAGGUACUGUGGCUACGGGAGCACGCGCCGUUGAAGGAACAGGUGGAGGCGUUCAUUGAGUCGCUAGGGGAGUGGUUCCGGAAUAACGGGGAGACAUUUGGGGAGACGUUGGAGCGGGUUAUGCUUGAGAGGGGGGAGGAUGUAGAGUAUGUUAGAGCUGCUAUUUAUGAUAGAGAUAUGGGGAUUGCUUAGACCUGGUUUUAUACACGUGAUAAGUCGUAUAUUGUCCUUCGCGGUAUUGAAUACAGACUCGAGACGACCUCGUUUGGCUCUUCGCUUCGGAU